UUUCUUCCUUUUAUCUCUUACAAAGAAAAAGCUUUUUUUAUUUCUGAAAGGCUUUAAAAAGUUAGUGCGUUUAUAGAUUGCCACAUCCAUGGAUAAGAAAUAAACCAAAAAUGGUCAUUUGGCAAUGAUGCAUUUGGAAUGCCAAAGUAAACUUAACCUCAAACUUGUCAUUGUUGACACUUAGGUGUCACUUUUGUAUUACAUAAAUAAGCCCCAAAAUCUAUUUCGCUGUUUUUAAAUUAAGUUAUAAUGUGGUUUGAAAUUUUACCAAGUUUGAGUAUUAUAAUGGUGGCUAUGGCAGUUCCACAUGCUUCCGCCUAUGUAAUCAACAAAUUGUGGACUGACGGGAGCACCUUAUCCUUGACCGAAGUGAUUUCAGUACCCACAGAAGAAACCCAACCUAUCCUAACCUUUUUCCUAAAGAGUCCUGUAAAGUUUAUAAUACUAGUAACAGGCAACAUGUACAGAAGAAGCACAAUAAAUCAGGAUCUCCGGUUGCAAUAUAUGAGAAGUAUCAGGCUAGCAGGUGACCCCUAUAACAACAAUGGAUUAGAGAGUAUUCCUGACGAGUAAAUGGAACUUAAUUUUGUUUAUUUAAAAAAAUGUAGAGCUGUUUUAAGGUAAUUAAAUAAAAGUCCAAUAUUUGGGGAAAAUA